CGGCUUAGCUUUCAUGUUGAGUUGAAUAUUGACCAACAUUCUACAUGCGUUUUUAGGCCUACGGAAGCAGCGCUCAAUAUUCAUAAGUUUAUUAGUUUAUUAAUAUAACUCACUUUAUUGUUGCAUCUUCAUUCGUUGUUGCAGACACAAGUGCCCAAAGGCUUGUCGUUUCCACACUCAUUUGCCUAAUGGUGACUAUAUUUCAACAAUAGCAGGCUGUGAAACUGUGCGAGCUGGAUUUAUUAUCCGAAUGGACCCAUUCGCCUUUACAACAUUCUCACGCCAGCUGCAGCACUACGCUUUUAGCUGCCAUUGAAGAGCAAAGAUAUGGAAUAUCUUGCUUCUGGUAAGAAACAAGGAGAGUUUGUCCCAAGCCAACGGAACAAUAAAGUGGAAAAACCACGUGACGUGUCGAUGUUUGAAGGAAAGAAUAUACAUUCAUCGCCCGUGGACGGGAAGCUGUUGUGUAGUUACAGUGAAAAGCUUUGCAUGCAGAGGAGGCUCAAUGGGUUUGCUUUUUGCAUUCGCCACAUUUUGGAAGACAGAAAUGCGCCGUUCAAGCAGUGCCAGUUCUUUGCUAAGUACAACAAGAGCAGGUGUAUCAAUCCCGUGCCUAUAUCAGAGAAAAGAAAUUAUUGUAACAGUCAUAUGCAAGUGUUAGGCAUUAUACCCAAAAAAGUGAAGAAAAGGAAAGACACUAAUGGAAAGAACAAUUCAAGUGACUGUCUUGAUAUUACCAACAAAAAUGGAAAGACUGUACACAAGGUGGUUCCAAAACAUCAUGCGGAGAGCGAAUAUUUAGCAAACCAAAACAACAAAUUUCAAUUGAACAAUCGCAAAACUGGAAAAGAAAGCAAAAGGGCCAGAAGUAAAAUGGAUCUGCCAAGGAAGGACAGACACAGCGGAGUUGAAGGCAUGAUGCCCCCAUUAAGGUGGAACCCACACAGUUAUUUAUGGAAAAAGAUUUUGAAAAGGCGUAAGGCGGUAAAAAAUAACUCUCAUAUCGGGAAUGUUUCAAGCUCGGAGGUGGAGCAGUUCAGAAAUUUAUAUAGGAAAUGUAAGACAGAAACAAUGGACCUGUUCAAAACUUACAUGUUCGAUUGUAUUGAAGAGGAUUGUUCGGAGUACGAAGAAAUACCAACACAAUCUGAUGCUUCUGCGGAUGUUGUAAUUUUGCUUGACAAUGGUGAUGGGAUCCAUCAACGGUUAAAACACCAAGGAUCUCAACUGAGGCAAAGCAUCAAAACGAGACUUGAGGAUAGACAACUAACGUACUCCGUCUUGCAGUCACUGAUAAACGCUGCGAAGGCUGCUGCAGUUGCCACCGCCAACGUCCUCGAUUCGGAUACAGAUCAUAAAAGACUACGGGGUAAAAGAGUCAAGACUGCCAAAUCAACCUGCUCUGCAUCCGUGAUGCCUGAUGUUAGAUGCUCAAAGGCAGCUUUGCCAUAUGCACGUCACUGCCUCAAACACAUUUCAUCCGACGAUGACCAAGUUUUAUUUGGAAAAUGCACUGCAAGGUUUGCCGCAGGCUCCCAUUGUGGUGUCCCAGUGGUUGACCUGAUCAAUGAACGACCUCUUUGCAACGAGCAUGCGCUUAAAAAGAUUAUUUCGGCGAACAAGGAGGCAUCGUUACCAGCAAAAAGAUUAAAGAAACCAGAGAAAAUAGAAAAGAACCGGACGAAAGCAGCUCUUCCGCGCAAAAAUUUGAAGGCACAGCUGCAGAAGAAGUUUGCCAUACCGAACAAGCCGACAAAGAAAGGAAAUUGCCAUGUCGGUUCAGUUGCAGCAGACGAAGACAGGCCUCCUCCUGAGAAGAGGGACAGUUUGAAAGUGACCUUUAAGGCAUCUAACGAGAGCAAUUGGGUGCUCAGUGAUAAUGGUAGUGAUGCUGAUCAAUCAAAAGGUAUUAUUGUUGCACCUCGGCCGUAUGAAGAAAAAACGGACAACAGCUCCUCAAACGAUUUACCAUUUGAUAUCGAGGCAGACUCGUUAUCAUCGCCGUCUUUACUAUCGGAAGAUGAGGAGCGCUAUCCACUUAUGAACAUCGGUCGAAACCAUCACGACAGCUUCACGUUUGAUGACGAUGACGACCUCAUUCGCAGUAGCACCUUUCCUAUGAGCCAUGUUGCUGACGGUAGGGAUAUCAGAGAUAUUACAUCACCAACGCUAACCCAGCUUUCGGCUGAAUCGAUCCCAGUUUCAUUGGCUUUGAGAGAACUUUGUCCGCCUACCACGCUGGCGCUGGAGAAGACGCAAUUCGAUUCUGCGUCAUCAUUAAAACAAGACCCAGCAACACCCGGUUUCAAACGGUCAAUUAACCAAGCCUUUGACAACCCGGUGACUGAAACUCGAGACGAAACAUUAGGUUCGCACAGAGCAAUAGAUAGAAUAAGAUCAGAAGGGCUGUUUUCAGUAACCAACUCCCUUAUAACAACUGACAAUUACAAUGUGAUUGAUACAACUAUCGCACCUUCGACAAGCACCAUGGCUCUUACAUCCAAUCUGAAUUCGGUUUCAUGCUCGGUCUUAUCAACUGCUUCGACUUGGGCCACCAAAUUUACAAUACCGACUCGGAGUGAACAGCUAACGGCACCUGGGGUUGGUUUCAUACGAGUUGGACCGUCAAACCAUAACAGUAUUUAUUCACCCCCAUUCACCUCGCCGUCCCCUCGCUCUAAAGCCGAUGUGUUUAAAUUUGAAAACAACGCGAAGCAACCAGAAAAUGAUUUGAUUGUGUUACCUAGAGACCCUCCGCCUUAUUCAACGGCUGUUCGAGCUUUAGACAGAAAGUUUGAUGCUGAACCUCCUCUACAAAAGGUCAAUCCAGACAUUUUUCUAUCCACGAUGUACACAGUUUCUGAGAGUUCUAACUGAAGAUUUUGCUUGUAUAAACUGGCAUUUGAAUGCAUUCAAUGUAAGUAAGAUAAUGUGUAUGUAAUUUUUAAUUGCACGAUAAACAACUUCAUUUCUG